AUGGAGAGAAAUGAAGCAAGGGAAGGGACUAUAGCUAUUGCAAUUGACAACGAUAAAACAAGCUGCCAAGCUCUAAAAUGGGCUGUGGACCAUUACAUACCCCGAGACGGGACAGUAAAACUCGUUCAUGUCGUCCAAAGAUCUUCUCUGAAUGCAAAUGGAUCUCACACAGAUGAUGAGUUAUCUGAUCAAAGACAACACAAUGGUAAACGAAGUUCGAGGUUUCUUGCAUUGCGCUGUCUUUGUAUGCGAAGAAAUAUACAAAGCGAAGUAGUUUUGCUGGAAGAACAGGAUGUUGCGAAAGCCUUGAUCGAAUAUAUUAGCCAGAAUUGUAUUUCCACAUUCUUGCUAGGCGCCUCAUUGAAGAAUAGCAUUACCAGGCUGUUCAAGGCUGAUGACAUUCCAAGUAAUGUGAUGAGAUGGGCUCCAGACUUCUGCACUGUAUAUGUCAUAUCAAAGGGAAGACUAUCUAAUGUAAGGUCAGCCUCUCGGCCUUUACCUCAGGCCUUGCCAUCUCCUUCUUCAGGGACCGCACCAGUAUUGUCACCGCGCAGCAACACGGAUGAGGCUCCUUCUGAGAUGUCAUUGUCAAGAGAAGAUGACGUUUUCUUUGAAGAGUUUUCAUCAUCCCUUGACCGAGAUUAUAGUGUGAACAGUAGUAGGAGGAUCAGUACAGACAGUUCGGUUCUCUCUUUCUAUGAGAAACUUGCAACUCCACACAUGUUGGAGAUUCCUAGAUUAUCUUUAUCUGCUCUGUAUGAUGAGAAA